GGAUAUAAGGGCCAUAAUGAUCGAAAAGGCUUUUUAAAAUCGCCCUUCAGUCCCACAAUGGAUAUUUAUUUGAUAAAUAUGACGUGAAAAUGAAUGACAUUUAUUAUCAUCAACCAAUUUGAAUUUGUGUUCCAUUCUAAAGUCUUGCUUAAUUUUAUAUGAUGCUGUGCCCCUUGAUAUAUGGUUUCAUCCUGUAAAUAGAGGGGGCGCUGUUUGACCGGAUGUUGCAUGUUGAGAUGUGAAUGGAAGGAAAAGUAGACUGUAGAGCUUAGUAAAGAUUGACAAUGCCGUAUGCGAACCAACCAACCGUUCAAAUUACACAGCUCUCAGAAGAGAAUAUAAAGUAUAUUCUAGAAGAUACAGAUCUUAGUGUGGCCAAUGCAAUAAGAAGAGUAUGCAUUGCAGAAGUACCAACAAUAGCUAUUGACUGGGUUCAGAUUGAGUCCAAUUCGACAGUCCUGUUCGACGAGUUUAUUUCUCAUAGAAUUGGCCUGAUUCCCUUGACAAGUGAUGAAGUGGUAGACCGUAUGCAGUUCUCAAGGGACUGCACUUGUGAGGAGUUCUGUCCUGAGUGUUCCGUGGAGUUUACUCUGGAUGUGAAAUGUUCAGAGGACCAGACCAAACAUGUGACCAGUGCUGACCUUAUGUCGUCCAACCCAAAAGUUGUGCCAGUGACGUCCAGAAAUAAAGAAGAAACAAGUGAAUAUGAAGACACAGAUGAUAUUUUGAUUGUGAAAUUAAGAAAAGGUCAGGAACUUAAAGUAAGAGCUUUUGCCAGGAAGGGUUUCGCAAAAGAGCAUGCCAAAUGGAACCCCACGUGCGGUGUAGCCUUUGAGUAUGACCCAGAUAAUUCACUGAGACACACCCUAUAUCCCAAACCAGAAGAAUGGCCUAAAAGUGAAUAUUCAGAACUCGAUGAAGACACGCAUGAAGCACCUUUUGAUGGAGUUGGACAUCCAAACAAAUACUACAUCAAUGUAGAAUCUUGUGGAUCCCUGAAGCCUGAAAAUAUUAUGUUCUCGGCACUAGCUGUUCUCAAAAAGAAACUCAGUGACUUACAGACUCAACUCAGUCAUGAAAUCCAACAAGAUGUGUUGGCCAUUUAAUACUGCUUCAUAUCUUCUGUUUCUGUGAUGUAAACAGAGCAUCAUUUCAUACGGUCAUUAAAAUGUCAAUUUCAUUAAAGUUUUCUUAAUAUAA